AUGGCUGAGAAUCAAAAUUUGGCUAUGAGAAACAUGGUGAGCAAUGAAACUGAAGAUGGGUCUGGUUCUGUGUCAGAGUUGCUUGAGUUGAUGCAUGUGGAGAAGUGUUCCAAAUCCAUAGGAAGAGAUGUGAGCAUUGUGACUGAUAAGUUGUGGAAGAAAUUCCAAGGAAGAGAAUUUCUUCCACAACUUAUCAGUCACUUUCAACUUUCAAGUGCUAAUGUUGUGGUCCAAAGUAUGAGGGAAAGGAAGGUGUGGUUAAAGUGGGAGACAUUAUAUGAAGCAAUACUGAAGGAAACUGUGGAGUUUGAGAACAAAGUGAGUGAUCGGAUUAGGCAACUUUACAAGAAAGAGAAUGAGAGAAAACUGAGUAGGCAACUCAAGGUUUGCGAAGUGGUGAAACCCAUCACAAAAAAAGAGGGGAUGCAAUGA